ACCCGGGCGCUCCCGGCAGCAGCUGGCGGGGGAGGCGUCGGAGGCGCCGGGGACACCCGCGUCGGUGGCGUCAGGUCGUGUGGGCGGUAUCUUCUUCACGGACCUGCGCCGCUCCUUCGGUCCCGACGGACCCGGGGUGGACGAGUCUCAGGAGCUGGGUGCCGGCUUCGAGGAGGCUGGCAUGGUGGCGGGAGGCGGCGAGGGCGCGGAGGGGGCUGCGCGCAUGUCCCGGCUGGGACUCAUGUCCGUGGUCAGCAGCCGGCUCAACCCCAUGCAGAGCCCCACCUCGUCGGAUCAUGGUGACGACGAGGACGACGCCGCGUUCGCCGAGUACGCGGGUGAGGGAGACGCCGGGGACAGAGCGGAGGCGUUGCAGGGGCCGGCUCCAAACAACGACAGCGGCGACGGCGCCAGCGGGACCGACGUGCAGGGCGCCGGCGAGGGCCCUCCUGAGCUGGCUGGCUCCAUGCAACAGGUGAACGACCCGGAGCCCCCCCAGCCCGCCGCCGCGGAGGAGGAGGAGGACACCGAGGAGUCCCGCCGCUCGCUGCUGCUGGUGAUCCGCGACCUGUACGUCACACAGGAGCAGCCGGGGCAGCAGCAGGAGCAGCAGGAGGAGGACCAGCAGCAGCAGGAGGAGCAGCAGGCGGGGGCGACAUCCAUGGAGGGAGAGGGGGAGCGAUCCAGCCGGCCCGCCACGGCAGUGAAGGAGGAGGAGGAGGAGGUGGGCGAGGAGGAGGGCAGCGGUGUUGCGGGUGCGGACGACGCGGCGGUGCUUGCUGCCAGCAGGGCGGCGGUGGCGGCGCUGGCUGCGCGAGCUGAGGGGCAGCAGUCGCAGCGGCGCAGCGAGCUGGGGGAGUACAUGACGGCACUCACGGAGCUGAAGGACGAGUCGGGCGGGCGGCUGGUUGAGCUGCCUGCCGACUGGGGCGUGAUGCUGGAGCGGCUGUUCCGGCAGCGGAGGGCCGAGUACGCCACGCUGGAGGGCUGGCUGGGGCCCAGGAGGUUCGAAGACCUGCCCAUCAACCAGCUGCCCUGCGAGCACCCCGACCCACGGGUCGCUGAGGGUCUGGAGCGCAUCCGCGAGCUGGACUCGCUGCUGAACGACCGGCUGAUCGCGGCGCUGAUCAGCCACCGGGAGACCUUCCCCGACCAGUGGGUGGAGCAGGAGCGACGGCGGCUGGAGCGGCACUCGCGCGGGGUGGAGGAGGCACUCAAGCGAGAGCGACACAAGCGGCUGCGCGCCGCCCGCCUCGCCCGCGCGGUAACCUCCCUGGACGGCCCCGCCUCGUCCCUGGUGGCCUACCCCAGUGAGGCGCUGACCCAUGGGUCGCAGCGGUCGCUAGCGAUCCAGCCGUCCACCUACUCGCGCCUGUUCGUGCUGAAACCCGAGGAGGAGGCCCUAGUUGAAGCCGUCAUGCGGCGGAAUGACGACGAGGGCGCCGCAAUCAACCCCUUCGACCUUGACUCCGCGGCGCCGUACGGCAACGGUAACGGCGGCGGCAGCAGCACAGCAGCGGCGGCGGCAACGGCACCUGACGGCGGUAGCGGCGCCUCCGCCAGCCCUGAUGACAUAGACCUGGAUCUGGACUCGCUACUGCCCUCCGCCGCCACCUCCUGCUGCCCCACUCCCUCCGCGCGAACCACCGGACUCUCACUCAUAGGAACACCCUCCAUGCUGCAGCGCCGGCUACAAGACCACUCCUCCGCUGACGGCGGUGGCGGCGCCGGAGGCGCUGAUGAUGGCGCGGCGGCGACCUCCGCCUCGCGACCUCACUCCGCGGCGUCCGUAUCGCUGGGAGGGCCUGGGCGGCGGGCUGCUCCCCGGCCUCGUGUACGAUGACCCACGGGUCGCUGCACGGGCCCUGCGCGCCAUCAACGCCCGCCUGGCUGCCUUUGAAUCCGAGCAUGUGUGGGACGAAAACGGCUCCUUAGCGGACUUCAAGGGCGUGAAGGAGGUACGGCAGCCGCAGCCUGGGGAGGAGACGUCCCCAGCAGCCACCGCCUCAUCACCUGGGGGUGCUGCGGCAGCUGCCGCCGGCCCCAGCAGCGGCUCCCCGCAGUCCCAGCUGCACGCGCAGCAGUCCUCUCGGCGGCCCGCCUCGCCCCCCCGCAGUGUGCGGUCCGCUGCGGGCGGCGGCGGCAGCUCUGCCUCCGUGGUGACGGCGGGCGGGCAGCGGGACUACCUGCGGGAGGAAAGGCUAGCCAAGGAGCUUGCAAGCAGGGAGCGCGAUGUGGACUCGGCUCUGCGCAGCCUCAAGACGGGCGAGGUGGUGCGGCUGGGGGAGGCGGCGCUGCGGGUGCUGGUAGAGCAGUGCAAGAGGCUGCAGGAGCUGAACGAGCAGCGGCGCAAGGCGGAAGAGGAGGAGGCGGGCGCACGCAAGGCCCGACAGCAGCAGCAACAACAACAACAAGAGCAGCAGCAGCAGGCAGCGAGCGGUGGCAACCGGGUGUCGGAAUCCGGCAGGGCACCCAGAGGCACAGGGACCCGGGACACCAGCAGCAGCAGCAGAGCGGCGCACGCCUCGCCUGACGCCGGCGGCAGCAGCAGCCUCGCAUGCAACGGCGGCGGAGCAGGCGGCAGCGGGGCAGCAGCUGCAGGGGCGCCGCGGCAUGCCAGCUCAGGCAGUGCCGGUGGAAGGACUGGGGGCAGUGCUGCUGCAGGCGGCGCAGCAGGGGGCCCAGCUCCCAGGAGACCCAGCGACUCCUCUUCAUCUCAUGCAGCCGCCAACACCGCCUCCUCGUCCACCUCCUCGGCCCCAGCGCCCGCCACCACGCACCCCCCGCGGGUGUCCAGCGGCGGCAGGAGCAGUAGCAGGGGCCCGGGCUCUGCCUCCGCUGCUGCUGCGGCAGCGGCGCAAGGAGGGCCGCUGGGUACGCCGCCCAAGCCCAAGCCCGCGUCCAGGAACCGGGGGGCGGUAACAAGCGGGAGCAGCGGCAGCACCUCGCAUGGCCAACCCCAGCAGCAUGCAGGUGGGACUGCUCCGUCUGAGGGAGGCUUGCCGCCGCCUCCACCACCACCGCCUACGUAGGGUGAAUCCGCGUGGCAUGUGCUGGACGGCUGGGUGGAGAACCAGGCCUGUGCGUGCGUGUGGGUUGCGAAGUGCGUGUUAUGACGCUGUGUGUGCAUUGUGUAUGGCAUAUUGGCAUUCGGUUCUUGCGGUCGUGACAGCAGUCGGUGACGAGGAUAUCCGUAACUCUGGGGUGACUUCGCAUAUGUGGAUAUGUACAUAGCUAGGCUGACAAUCUGGAAGCGUACCGGCACGUUGGCUAGGUAGCUGGAGAGGAGAACGUGGACGUGAGCUCCCUGCAUACCCUGGUUAGGACGCCAUGACGCCUUACCAGGCAACAGUGCUGCUAAGCGGACGGUGUACG